GGUUACAAUGGAAAUUAUGAUGAGUUUGAUGUCGCAUUUAUUUACAUUUUAUUACGGAAUCUUGCAAAUAUACCCUCACAUGUUAACGGCUGGGGGGAAACACCUGAUCCAAAUGACAGAUCCGUCGCUGCAAACAUAGAACGCAUAAGGAUUUUAAGAAACGAGUUUUGUCACAAGUCAUCCCUUUCUCUAUCCGAUUCAGAUUUUACAAAUGUUUGGAGUAAAUUUAAACAAGCAGUUCGAGAGUUAGACAUGCAUCUUUCCAAUGGAGGUGUAUAUGAGAAGGCUCUUAAUGACCUUGAACACAAAUCAAUGGAUCCGACAGAGACGACCUUCUGGCAAAAGACAAUGAAAAGGAGACUUGAGGAAGAAAUUCAAUGCAAAAGAGAUAUAAAGAAACUGAAAACUGGACAGAGGAAAUUAAAUGCUAAGCUGAAGGAUAAAAACAGUCCCAUUCCUCCCAAUAUUCAAGCAAUGCAUGCAGCUAAACUUGAGGAAUGGAGAAAAGACGACAUCCAUUAUUACGAACCAUCAUUUUUUAAAUCAUUAAUGCAAAAAUUGGAAAAAAAAUAUUUGCAUCUUAGUAGUUGGUGGGCCUGGCAGCGGAAAAUCGGCUACUAUCAAACAUAUUGCUUUGCAAUUCAAAAAUUGUGAAUAUGAAGUGGUUCCCAUCGCAAAAAUCAAAGAAAUAAUAACCUAUGGAGAUAUAAGGAAAAAACAAAUUUUUACGUUGGACAACGCUUUUGGGGAUAUUGGUUUCAAAGAAAGUCUUCAUGACAAAUUUAAGCAAUACUUUGAAAAUAUAUGCACAAUGUUGAGUAAUGACUCCAAACUUCUAAUGACAAGCAGAACAGUUGUGGAGAGGGAGGCUGAGAGGUUUGGGUUACAUAGUGCAAUCUUGGAAAAUGUCUUCAAUCUGGAUGAUGAGAAAAACCACUUGACAAGCAACGAUAGAAUGGAAAUUUUAUCAUGUCAUUUGAAAGAAUCUUCUUCGUUCUCGAAACUCAAAGAAUACGUUGAGGGGACUGACAAAAUAAUUAUGUUUCCCUUGCUCUGCAAAUUGAUUUCAUCAAAUUCUGCUUAUGAAAGAGAAAGUUACCAAUUCUUUAAGGAACCAUGUCAGCUUAUUUUGAAAUAUUUACAAGAACUAGAGAAGACAAAAAGAAUACACUAUGCUUCCUUGGUGAUAUGCAUGCUUAACAAGGGCAAGAUUUCAAAAGAGGACAUUGAAGAAAAGCCAUGGAUUAAAUCAGUUUUGCACAAGUGUUGCAGAGUACCAACAAGCACAGAAAUUUGGGAAUUUCCAGAUGCUUUAUCGGAUAUGAUAGGAACGUAUGUGACGAAAACUCCUGAUGGAUUCGUUUUUGUACACGACAUAUACUUUGAAGUUAUUGUCUAUUAUUUUGGGACACAAUAUCCCGAGGAAAUAAUCGAACGACUGGCAAGCGAACUGAUAUCAGACAAGCUUGUCUUACAGGAAAAUGAGAAAAUCAGUGAUUUGCAAAUUCACAUAAAACAAAACAUGUUUCCGCGUCUUGCACGAAGACUGAUAAAGGAGUUAAAAGACCUUAAGCUGUAUGUUGUAUUUGAUUCCAAAUUCCUGCAUAAUACAGAAUUACAAAAUUAUUUUCUUGAAUAUCUGAAGCAAGAUUUUUCCUACAAGGACAUCAAAGAAAUCUUUCUGAAACCUACAGAUAAAUUCAACAGUAGCCUUUUACUUCAGGUUCCGGGAGAUAUGAAGUGUAUAAAUGAACUAACAAAUAUUGAUUUCCUUGCUCGUGCACUUAUAGAAAAUGCCCAAACAAUGACAAUUGAUGAUUCAUCUGAAGAUGAAGAUGAAUAUAAAUCAGAGAUGCUAAUUAAACCCAAAGUAAAACAAGUAAUUCCUUUGAGCUGGGCUGUGGCAUACGGACACAGCUUCCUUCUGCAAUACUUAGUUGGAACUAUGAAAGCUCAUGAUUCAACUAAUAUUCUAGGAUUUGACAAUGAAGAACAGUCACGGUAUUUAGUUUUAGCAUGUUACUCAAAAUGUGCUGAUACCGUUAAUUUUGUGCUUAGGCAUGUAAGCGAUGAUUGUGUCAACUUGCCACCAAUAAAAAGAGAAAGUGAAAGACAGGAUGUUCCAAUCCAUUAUAAUUUCACACCACUGAAGAUGGCUAUACUACGUGGAAGUUCUAAAAUAGUGCAAAUAUUGAUCAAAGCAAAUGUUGACAUCAAUGCCAUGGAUUUUGCAGGAAUAACUCCCAUUUGGACAGCAAUAAAUGCAUCUCAACACUCCAUUUUUAACGAACUCAUAAGUAGAAAAGCCGAUGUUAAUACCUUUGGAAAAGGAAUUUUAUCACCUCUCAUACUUGCAGCACGCUUAAACAAAAGUGAAGUUUUAGACACUUUGCUUAAGAAUGGUGCAGAUUGUAAUUAUCGAAGUACUUCUCGUGAAACAGCUUUAUACUGGGCUUCUCGUGUUGGCAAUUUUAAAUCUGUAAAACAAUUAAUAGAAUAUAAAGCUGAUGUAUCUUUGUAUGUUGAUGGGGACAAAUCACCGUUCUGUAUUGCAGCGAAAAAUGGAAGUCGAGCAAUACUCGAGCUUCUGUUUUCAAAUGGAGCAAAAUGCAAUCUCCUUGAUGAAAAUGGAUGCCCUCCAAUUUACUUAGCUUCUUAUGCAGGACAUGCAGAAAUCGUUAAGUUUUUAUUAGAAAAACGUGCAGAUAUAAACAUCAACAUGUAUAAUCCAUUGCUUGCAGCUAUAACAAAUCGGUAUGCUGACAUUGCGAUUAUGCUAAUACAAGCUGGAGCAAAUCGCAAUGAACAUAAUACAUCACGGGGCUUUACUACACCCUUACAUGAAGCUGUAAAAGAAAAUAUGGCAGAUAUCAUUCAGGUUCUGCAUGGACAUAACCUCAAUUAUAGAGCUCAAAACGAUGAAUAUAUAACUCCUUUAGAAGCUGCAAUAUGGAUGGGACGAAAAGAAAUAGUACAUCUUUUAAUAAAAGGAGAGAAUUCUAUUAAGAAUGGAAGUGGAAAUGAACAUUUGUUUGAAGCUAUGACAAAACUACGGUCCUCUAAUCUCAGACUCAAUCAUAAAGAUGAGAUUGAGGCAGAGGAUAAAGACGAAAUCUUAAUUGUAUCAACGUCUUCACUUUUUUAUGAUGUUCUUGCAUACGAUACGUAUUCAUCUCUUGAUAGUUUAUUGUCUCUUGGUUUACGUGGAGACCGAUUUCUUAUAAAACCUAGACUAAGAGAGGACUAUUGGUAUAUUUCCUUACUAGGAAGACAGGAGCUUAGUAAGUAUGGAAACUAUCUGACACAUUAUAUUAUCGAAAAUAGAGAUUCCAGUUGUAUCAAAUCUAUAGUUGACCAUAAUUUCCAGACAAAACCGAAAACAGAAUAUCAGAGGAAACCUUUCGUGAAAUCCCAGACAAAAUUUAAUUCCGAUUGGGACUUUUGGGACUUUCUUGACCAGUUUGACGAGAUAACCCAGAUUGCUCAUACCGAUUGCUACAUGAACCACAUAAUGGACAAUACUCAAUCAAUGUUACACUUUAUUCUAAGAAGCAUUCAUAGCACCGAGACGUUAAUUCGUUAUUCUUUAGUUGAGGACGAGUCUGACUAUAGAAUGGACAUUGAAAACCUGAAAAGUACACUGAGGUUGUAUAUUAAACCAAGAAUGAGGAGGCAUUCGUUUCCCUAGUCUCUUCGAAAACUGAUUGGUUCAAGUUUCGGAGGUAUACAAAGAAACAUUUACUCUGACACCUAUAUUUUUUUAAUGAAUGGUAGAAGUUUGUCGCACGUGUACGUACUGCCUUUUUAUUUUGAUUUCAAACAUUUACAGGCGAUUGCUUAUCGGUCGCAGGAGCGGGCGAUCCAUUUGUGGUGUUUGAAAGUGCAU